CACUGCUGCUUUGGAUAAUGGAGUCUGCUCUUCCCAGUUCUGCUCCCACCAUUGGUGUCGAGGAGCCCCACGACACAAUCGAAAUCACUGUCACCUCUUCGCAGUAUGAUGCUAUCACUGCCACUUAUGAGCCCGACGAGCUACUUAUCAUCAAAGCUGGUCCUGGCUCAGGCAAAACACGAACUAUUAUCAACAGAGCCUCCUACUUGUCGCUAAACAAGGGCAUCAAGCCCACUGAAAUCUUGAUCCUAUCAAUGACAAACCGAACUGUUUACGAUAUCAGAAACAAAUUAAAACAAUCCACUCACCUAGAUUUCGACAAGCUAGACAUCCAAACCUUUCACAGUUUUUGCACCUCAGUCUUGCAACGAUCCCAGACUCAUUUCCAAAUAAUCGAGGAAUCAGGUCGAAGACUUUUGGACAAAAUCAUCAACCCAAACGAUAUAUCCAUUUUAUCACCAAAGGAAAUCGAAUGGCUAAUCUCUGACAUCCAAUCAAAUAUCCCAUUCAACAGUCUCUUGUCAAAAUACCAUCAACUAAACACCCUCACUCUCAGAUCCGUUAUCUCUGCUCUCCACAAUAUCAAAUCCUUAUCAUACGAUCAAAUCAUCAACAAAACUAAAUCACUACUAAAAUCACAACCUGCACUCGUCAACCAUUACAAAAUCAUCAUCGUUGAUGAAUUUCAGGAUAUCAAUUCGGAUUUGCUAGACCUAAUUCAAAUAAUAUCAAAGGACAAACAUCUAACUAUUAGUGGAGACUUGAACCAGUCGAUUUACCAGUUCAUGGGCUGCGACAUUCAAAAGAUUAACAACUUUUUAUCGUCUUCUAAACAAAAAAUAUCAACUAUACAUCUAAACCACAACUUUAGAUCCUCUAUUGAAACUAUAAAUGCUUCAAACUACAUACUAGACUUGAUCAACAAACACAAUAUCGAAAACAAUAUUCAAGACAAUAUCCAACGCGAUAUCCACGACAAUAUUCAAAAUAUCACCAACAACAAUAUUCACAAUACCAACUCCCUCAUCAAUCACCCUCAAAAUCAAUUAUCAAACUUCAAACCUACAUUAAAACUAUUCGACUCUUCAUUAGACGAACUUCAUUUUGUUUGCAAAGAAAUCCUACGUCUAAUCCACCAUUCCAAUGGCCUAAUAAAACCUUCUGACAUUGCUGUUCUAGCUCUAACAAACAGUACCUUGACUUUCUUUGAACAGUUUUCCUCCUACUUUUACAACAUCAACUCAACUAAACUAACUCCAGGUCCUCGUUGGCUUUCUUCCGAAAUUAAGGUCCUACUAGAUUAUAUAAAAAUCUUAGAUGACCCAAUCCAAAAUCAAUUCUCCCUAUUAUGCUGUCUUUCAAUGAUUCCCUCAAUUAACAUCAAUUCAAUCCUCAACCUCAUUAACAAUGCAAAGUUGCAAGAAAUAUCAGUCUGGGAACUACUACAAAACUUUAAUACCCAUAAUAUUAAUACUAAUACUAAUACUAAUACUAAUACUAAUACAAAUACAAACAUAAAUAUUAAUAUUGAUAACGAUAACAAAAAAAUCUUAAUGCAAUUCUUCAACGAUAUCAACAACUACAUCAAUCUUAGAAAAAUGAACUCGACAUACUCAUACGACCCAAUCCAAAUCUUCAAAAUUCUACUCGAUCUUGGAAACAAGUAUGGCCUAUCUCAACUCCAAACUGAAAAGUACUCUGACACCUUCAAAUACUCAAAAUAUGGCAUCAAAGAAGAACUACUAAGUCUCUAUAAAUCUCUCGUCUCAUUCUCAUUCUCAAACGACAAAUCUAAAAAAAUUGAUCUCAUCCACUACUUUGCCAACGAACUCAGCUUCAAAGGCUGCUUCAAAUCCAAAACAAGCGAAAACAAUGUCAACUAUUCAACAAUCCAUUCAGCAAAGGGUUUGGAAUUUCCUUUUGUCUUUGUUUUGGGCUUCAGCGUCGACUCCUGGGCAAGAUUAUUAGCUGGAAACCCUCCCAAAAACAAAAGAUAUCUAUCCAAAUCCUCAGAAAUAAAACGAGUCCUCUAUGUGGGCCUCACAAGAGCCAGGUUCUUCUCCUACUUGACUCUCAAGGCAAAAUACUUUGAAAAUCUUCCUGACGAUUCUGAUCUCCAUAAACACUUUUCCUUUGAGACUCCAGAAAUAGCAGACGACCAAGUCUUGCAAACACUAUCCAAAAGAUUAGACAGAAACUACACAAAGGAAAACGAUCACCUCUUUUGCAAAUUGAAAUACGAAUCUCUCUUGAAUCAAAUUGAAACCCAACACAACAAUUCAUUUCGAAACUUCACCACUGCCUUCAAAAGACGAUACCACCAUUCAGCAUCAGCCUUCAGAUGGCACUCUUCUUCCUCUUUAACUUCUUUGAAACUCCUAAACUCAUCGAUCAGAAGAAUCUACCACUGAUUUUGUAUAUACUCCUUCUUUUUUUCUUCUUUUUUUCUUCUUUUUUUCUUCUUUUGUUCUCCAUUUUCAUGGCCACUUUUGUAGCUGUUUUUAUUGUUUUUAUUGUUUUUUUGUUUUUGUGUACAAACUCCCUCCAAUAAACGUCCUUUA